UAUCAAGUCUUUAUGCCCUGUAACAAAAAAAGCUAUUAAAAAAACCCACCGGGCUAAAUACAAAACAAAGAAAACUUGCUCUUUCGCCACGGUCCCUUCAAAGCGAGCUGUCUGCGGGGCAUUGUUUAUAAUAUCGAGCAAAAACAAAACAUAAAAGAAGGUUGUGAAACAUUAUCAGCUUUGAUAUUUAGGCGGCAAUGAAGAUAUUUGAAGGGCACGUCUUUUUGGAUUCAUUGGCGUUUAAUCGCUGAAUGUGUCGGGCAUAUUGAAAGCAAAACUAACUUUACUUCGACGACUGUAAGUAUGAGAACAACUUUCCCUAUUUGUUUAUUGCAAUCCGAAAUCAAAGCAGAUGCGUCGCUUUCCAUAUUUCCAACAAGUUGCUGCCUCCGGGGCAGACAAAUGACAGUGCAAGUUAAGGAGACGAUGAUCAACCCAAUGACAAAAGGCGCAUAUGGACUGCCACGCAAACAAAUGUGACAAACCCAGCAAACUGGAUCCAUAGGCGAUGAUGACAUGGAGUUGUUGACGUGUCGCUUUUCGUCUAGUAAACAUGAAGCAAUGAGCGAAUCAACAUUCCUUAUAAUAAUCCAAAUACCACAAGUUAAACAACGCUUUGGAAACUUCUUUAUUUUUAAGAAAUGAAUAUAAUAGUCAUUAUACAAUACGUCUUUGUGGAAAAAGGUCCUUAAACAAGCAUUGUUUUCUUGUCUUAUUGGUCCAGCAGACGUCAUGUCCAACUGAAAUGCCGAGAAUCCAUUUAUGAUUAAUGUUUAAUCCAUUUUACAAUAUUUUAUGACAUCAAAUGUUUUGUGUUCUAUAGCUUCCUGUCGUAUCUUCACAUUCAUUUAAAAUCACUUCACCCAAACCAGAAUAUCUUGCUGUGCAAGGUGCAUGCCUGACGAACACCUGAGAUAAACUUUGAUAUUCUUCGCCCUGUAGGGAAGGACGUGUCUAGUUAACUACCUGCGACUUCUCUUGUUCAAUUAAUUUCGGGUGUGUAACGUUACCGAAGACUCGGGUGUGUUUACUUACCGUCUACUGAAUCGACAACUAUCGAGGACUUACCAACCACAAAGAUGGAAUAUAGAAAAUAAAGAAGAAAAUCGACUACCUUGGACAUCACAAUUGCAUACGAGUUCAUCAGUUCAAAGAGUUUUUAAAGAUAAAGGGAAGUUGUCCAGACAGGUGGCAAUGCAGAAGACUGAGCCAGCCGAAGCGCUAGGAGCAGCAUCGGACAGCGCUCAGCCCGCCGCGACCGCAACUGCUGAAGCAGACGCGGGAAGCGGGGACGCGCUGCUCCGCUAUGCCUCCGUCAGCUCCGCCGCAGCUCGUCUGUCUGCCUGUUGUCAUGGAGGAGCCAAGAUGGCGGUCCUGGCCUAUAGCCUGGGCAAACGGGAAAUAAAUCAGUAUUUCAACAUAAAAAAUGCAAAAUUGCUGGCUUCCGUCGCCGUCAUCCUUCUCACGGUGUUUCACACGGCUUCUCGACACUAUGGAGGCACUGACACGUGUGACUGGCUUUUAUCCAGUGGACGCUUUUUAGGUGACAAUGUAUGGCAGCCCAACGGGUGCAUGUUACACAAGUACAAAAGCAAUGAAGCUGAGGUAUGCCUCGGAGAGAAGAGAAUAGCGUUUGUUGGAGACUCAAGAGUACGUCAGCUCUUCUACUCUUUUGUCAAGAUGAUCAACCCUGAUGUGAAAGAAGAUGGGAUCAAGCAUGAGAACAUCCCCUUUGUCAAUGAUGAAUUCACUGUGGACUUUCUUUGGUACGCUGAAGUGAACAAUUCCUUAAAAGAGCAGUUGAUGUCAUGGGCAGAGGGAUCUACUCCUAUUCCUCAUGUCAUUAUCCUGGGCGCUGCUACAUGGUCCAUCAAGUUGCACAAUGGCAACAACGAUGCACUCGCACAGUACAAGGCAAACCUGACGGCUAUAUCAGACACACUGGACAAACUAACCGAAAACAGUGAAGUCUAUUGGGUUCUUCAAGAUCCUGUUUACGAGGAGCGGCUAAGCGAUAGUCGAAAGAUGAUCACGAACGAACAGAUAAACCUGUACAAUGAGGCUGCAGUUAGCAGUCUGAAUAGCAGCAAAAAGAAGGUCAAGUUUCUAGCAGCCGCAAGGCAGGCUGCCAUGGAGACCAUUUCCCAGUCAGUCGAUGGUCUGCACCUCCCUGAGAGCACGAGAGAUGUUGGCGCCAUGGUACUGAUGAACUCGAUGUGCAACAAGAUACUCAAACCCAUCGAUGGCUCUUGCUGCCAGAAUGCUCCUCCCUUAAGCAUCAUUCAGAAGCUAGCUGCUGUUGUCUUCCUGGUAUCCAUCAUCUGCCUUCUCAUCCUGAGUUAUAGCAGGCAACAUAAGAGCAAGCCCAUUACUGAUGUGGAAAGCCUUGAAGAAAAGAAGCCUUCCAUCGCUGCAGGCCAUCUCAACCCAAAGGGACCCUUACUGGCCAUGUUGAAAAUGAGCCUCAUCAUGAUGUACUUCUACCUUUGUGACAGGGCAGACAUCUUUAUGAAGGAACAGAAAUUCUACACACAUUCUUCCUUUUUCAUCCCUCUCAUCUACAUUUUCGUUCUGGGAAUCUUCUACAAUGAGAACAGCAGAGAGACAAAACUAUUGAAUAGAGAACAAACAGAUGAAUGGAAGGGCUGGAUGCAGUUGGUUAUCCUUAUUUAUCACAUUUCUGGAGCUAGCGCUUUUAUACCUGUGUACAUGCAUGUCCGUGUCCUGGUGGCGGCAUAUCUCUUCCAAACAGGAUAUGGACACUUCUCAUUCUUCUGGUUGAAGGGUGACUUUGGUCUCUACAGAGUCUGUCAGGUUCUCUUCAGACUCAACUUUCUUGUGGUGGUGCUGUGUCUAGUAAUGGACAGGCCCUACCAGUUUUAUUACUUUGUGCCUCUGGUCACUUAUUGGUUUGUUGUUAUUUAUGCCACAAUGGCAUUGUGGCCACAGAUUCUUCACAAGAAAGCCAAUGGGAGUGCAUUCUGGAAUCUGGCAAUUUUGUUAAAACUUCUGGGUUUACUUCUUUUCAUUUGCUUCUUUGCAUUCUCGCAGGAACUCUUCGAGGGCGUUUUCUCACUCUGGCCUAUUUCAAAGUUCUUUGAGCUGCAUGGCAACAUCCACGAGUGGUGGUUCAGGUGGAAACUAGACAGAUUUGCAGUGAUCAAUGGAAUGCUCUUUGCCUUCAUAUAUCUGCUGCUGCAGAAGUGUCAAGUACUAUCCGAAGGCAAAGGAGAGCCUCUCUUCUCAACCAAGGUCUCCAACUGUCUGCUCUUCGUCUCUGUGGUGUCUUUUAUGACGUAUUCCAUAUGGGCCAGCGGUUGCAGAAAUAAAUCUGAGUGUAAUGAGAUGCACCCCUACAUCUCUGUUGUUCAGAUUCUGGCUUUCAUUUUGAUCAGGAAUAUUCCUGGUUACGCUCGCUCUAUGUACAGCUCAUUCUUUGCAUGGUUUGGCAAGAUAUCUUUAGAGCUCUUUAUUUGCCAGUAUCACAUUUGGCUGGCAGCGGACACAAAGGGCAUCCUGGUACUGAUUCCUGGAAAUCCCACGCUGAACAUCAUUGUCAGCACGUUUAUCUUUGUCUGCGUAGCUCACGAGAUCUCUCAGAUCACAAAUGACUUGGCCCUAGUGGCCAUUCCAAAAGAGAACGGGCCUCUGCUGAAGAGACUGCUUGGAGCAGGAGGCUUUCUAGUUCUGGUCCUGAUUCUGUCCCAGAAAGAGUAAUCCAGGAACUAAGGAGAACUAACGCUCUCAUUGGUUUGUGUGUACAAAACUCAAGCGGAACAGAGGCCAAGGGUUCUGAGCAGCAGUGGUAUGGGUAGUUAAACUCAAACAGUCCCGUUCAACCAGGAUUCUUGUACAGGAUGUUUGAAUAAGAUUGCACAUUGUGUGUGAAAUUUCCUCCUUGGGCAGAUAAGAUUAAAUCAAUGCUCCGUCUCUUCUUUCAAAGCUUUGAGAUGUGUAUUUUAUGGACAGUAUUUAAUAAUUUAAGUCUAUUUUAUACUGGGGUGUGUUCGUUUUCACUGUUUUUGUGUCACUUCGUCUUCACUGUUUUUGUGUUCCUUUGUUUUAUUUUGUUCUACAUGAUGCCCUUAACUGCAAAAUGUGAAGGAAUAAUACAUUCCUGUCUUUCACCAUUUACCAUCUGCUUGAAAACUAAUUAUUCAAGUUCUAUCACACCAGCAGCUUUGUCCUUCAUGGGAAUGACUUCUUUUGGAAAAUGCAUUCACAGAAUCCGCUCUUGAUUCUUGAAAUAUGAGCAACAGAGCUAUGGUUUUCUUUCUACUGAAAAAAAAAACAGCAGCCUAAAGUCCAUUUCUCAACUGUCAUAAAAAGCUGAUGAUGGUGAAUUUGUUUCACUGGGAUUGCUAGUGACUCUCAGUGCGAAAUACACGAUUCACGUAUGGAAAGUGAAACAAACUAAUGGAAUCUAUAAUUAUGUACUGCUUCAUUAACAAUGUUUUACAACAAUGCUUUUGCCAGAGGUGAAUGGUAGAAUUUUAAUUCCGAAAUCAAGUAAAAGAAGACGUGCUUUGAUCGACACGCAUAGAUUUUUCUGAAUAAUGCGCUCAGCGCCUUCUAUUCUUUUUUACUUGCACUGAGCGGGGUGUUUUCCUGCAAACUUUAAGGCACUUGAGCCAGUGCAGUUACCACAUGAGUUUACCUGAUUCAUGUGAAUUCGGUUUCAUGUCUACAACCUCAUCAUUUAUUGAUCAGUGUGUGAUUUCAUAUUCUCUCUCGUUCAUGUUCAAUAUGAUGUAAUUUUCAAAGCCGUAUUACAUGUGCAAAAAGGUUAAAAAUUACAAAAGCAGUUUGCUGUAAAUAGACCAUGCAUUAUGUGCCAUCCAGAAACAUAAGACUAAUGUAUUGUUUGAGGCGUUAUUUAGCCUUUUAGUAGUGGUACUUAAAAUGUAUAAAUCCAGUUAAUACUGAUAUUGCGGCUGUAAAACUAUUGACAUAUGAAUUUAAAAUAGAAUGGCAUUUUAAGACAUUCGCCUCUUGUUUACUUGGCUUACUAAAUAUAAAUAUGUUAUUUGUUUUUCUAAACAAAGAAAAAGUUGUACAGAUUACCAUGACCCGUGCUAUCAACUGGCACACCCAUCCAGCUGUAAAUAUUUGGAUUUUAUUCAUCGAGGAACCCAUCUUGUCUGUGUUGUUAAAUGAAAUUAUUUGUAUAGUUUGUUUUAUUUAAAGGAACCGGGGGGAGAAUUUGUGUAACAUUGUGUUUUGUUCUAAAAUGUGAACAUUUGGAAAUGCCUUCAUCUGAUUGUACAGUCAUUGUUAAUGAUAAACUUGUUCUCAAUA